AUGUGGUCCCGGAUUACAAGUAUGCUUUAUCUGAAAAGAUUUUCAUUUUUAAGCAUUCACCUCUUCAAAUUUCAGUUCAUCCUAUUCCUGUGUGUUUCAUGUAUUUCCACUGUAUCCUCAAGUUUUGAAAUUCAAAAUGGUGUCGUUGGAAAGCCAGAAGUAUUCUGUGGGAUUGAUACAAUACGAGUAAAAAUCAACACAGAGCAUCCAUUUAAUGGAAGAAUCUACGUGGAUGGUGAAUCCGAUAAGCAGCAUUGUGUGCAGCACUCUGCAGAUUCUCACUCUUCACCUCAAGAAUUCUCGAUCCCGAUUGGAGCAUGUAACAUGCGACGACAGAGGACUCUUCAUCCACGUGGAAUUUCAUUUUCCUUCACAAUGAUCACAUCGUUUCAUCCGUUUUUCGUUACCGGAAUGGAUCGAGCAUUCAGUAUUCGAUGCUUCUUCCUAGAAUCAAUAAAAGGUCUAAACGCUGAAAUAGAUGUUGGAACUUUGGCUCCACAAAAUGUAGAUCAAGAGUAUUCUCUCCCAGUUUGUGCGUAUCAUCUGAAAGACGGUAUCGAAGGACACGUCUUGAGAUUUGCUCAAGUUGGUCAAAAGGUGACACAUGUUUGGAGAUGCGAUCAAGAUGCCAGCCACGUCUACGGGAUCCUUAUCCAUAGUUGCUUUGCAGAUGAUGGACACGGAAACAAAUUUGAAUUAGUAGAUGAUCGAGGAUGUUCCACUGAUCCAUUCCUUCUCCCACAGAUUGAGUACGAAUCCGGCGCAAUAUCUGCGUAUACCAAUGCUCAAGUAUUCAAGUAUGCAGAUAAGGUCCAAUUGUAUUUCACGUGCACCGUUCAACUUUGCUAUAAACAUGAUGGUGGAUGUGAAGGAAUAACCCCACCAUCCUGUUCGGGACACUCAAUACAUCCACCGAGAAUUAGUGGAUCCUCACCUGAACACAAUUUCGUAAAUUUGGGACCAGACAAUCAUGGACCAGAUGUCCAUCACGGUGGAAACAGUCUGAAUUCUGAAUCUCAAUUCCAUGAAUCUGAAUCAACACCACGGGUUCCUGGAUACAUCAAACCAGAUGCUUUCCAACCAAUCAUUUUAGGACCACCUCAUCCAACCGUUUUCCAUAAAGAUGGACCUAGUGGACCAUCCCUUCAUCACAUUUCAUCAUUCAAAGGACCAAAAGAUAUUCAAAGGCUCAAUGAGGAAGAAGAUACUCCAAAUCCAUAUCGUAGGGAUAGUCCAUUGAAUGACACAACAGAAGAUGAUAUUGUGAUGCAAGUAGUCACAUUGAGGAGUACUGUACCUACAGUAUCGCAUACACCAGAUCUUGUCACAUUCAAACCAGUUGUGACGGCAAAUGAAGAUGAGGACGAAGAGGAGGAGCUGAUUACACCAAGAGUUUUCGGAAGAGGAAGUACAAGUCCAACGACAACAAAAGUUAGAAGAACAGCUGGAGAAAUGGAAACUGAUGUAUCAGUUGAUGUCAUAGUGUUACCAGUUGAAGAUAAAGAACGAAAAGGUUUUAUUUUUUUCAACACAAACAGUCCACCCCAAUCUCUUUCAUUCAAGUCAGCAUCUGAAGUUUGUCUCUCUAAAACCGCAUCAGUUAUCUUCGGCACUGCCGUCCUUCUUGCACUAUUCUGCUGUGUUACUGUAACAUUCUUGGUGACACGUAAACGAAAUCAUCAACUCUUACAUCAUGCAUCUAAACGACGAAUCGACAAUUUCUAG